AUGGCCGACGAGACGACGCGACUGAUUAACUCUCAGCCAUCCUCGGGCGACGAUGCGAAGAACAUGGAGGAUACGGAAAAUGGGGGCCAGAAGUCGCAUGUUGAUCGCAUGUUUCUUCUGGUCGCUCUGUUAGGUAUGCAAGUUGAGCUACGGAGUGCGCUCUUGACAUACAUCUGGCAGGUGCUGACUCGAAUACGACUGUUAGGUAUAUUUCUUGCAGCGGCCGACGAUUCCUUCGUUCUUGUUACGCACGGCGAAAUCGGCUCACAUUUCAAACGAGUACCCUUGGGACCAUGGCUCAUUACGGUGUAUAAUCUCGGGUAUAUGGCGACGCUCCCUCUGUAUGGGAGACUUAGCGAUGUUUACGGCUACCGCUCCAUUUUGUUGGUCGCGUAUGUCAUGUUUUCGGCAGGGUGUGCUGUCACAGGCACGGCGUCUGUGAUGUGGGUUGCAAUUGCAGGUAGACUUCUGUCAGGUGUCGGCGCAUCCGGGAUGCUCGAUCUGAUCAGCGUGAUCAUCAACGACAAGGCUCCACCGAGAGAAAUCGCAUUGAUUCGGAGUUAUCUUGGAGUGGCCUUUCCACUAGGCUUGAGCUGUGGUGGACCCCUUGGCGGUGUUCUUACUGAUACCAUAGGUUGGAGAUGGUCGUUUCUGAUCCAAGUGCCAAUGGGACUGCUCUGCUUCUGCGUUUCCUACUGGAAACUCUCUCCACCAGAAAAGAACGAAUCAAAAGGAAAGAAAGAGUAUUCAACUCGUCCUGAGGAUGUCGAGCUAAACCUGUUCGGCAUUUUCUCGUUGGGAAUCCUCAUCACCGGCGUCAUGAUGCUUUUACAGACCGUUGGUGAAGGGAACCAGAACAGAACGAUGCUCCUCAUUACUCUGGGAGUAAUCAUGGUAUCUGGCAUUGCAUUCGGGUUGAAUGAACAAUUCUGGACCCAGAGUCCCUUGAUGCCUCUUGGCAUCAUCACGAACAACUAUGUCUGGGCGAUCUACCUGAUCCAAUUUUUGAUUUACUUUCCCGCUUUUGGUGUUGCAUCCAAUAUCGGCGAGUUCCUAGUUCGGACGAGAAACGCCACGAAUCGACUGAACGGGGUCAGCUUGAUUUACCUGCCCGUCGGCAGUAUUCUUGGUUCUGUUAUUAGCGGGUAUAUUAUGCGAUACACUGGAAAAUAUAGGUCACUUUUAUUCGUGAGCUGGGCCGUGCUUUUUGUUGGAACCCUCUUGAUCAUGCUUCGACUGCCACAAGGUGCUUACCUUGGCGAGCUUGCAUACCUUGGGCUUCUCGCCAUUGGCUUCAUGGGGCUCAAUUCUGCUCUGUUUGUGGCUAUGUCGGUGUCGGUUCCGAAAGACAAGUCGGCGGCUGCUCUUACUACCUACUACCUUGUCCAACAGCUCGGGAUGCUGGUGGGUGUCAUAUCUACUGCAUCGUUGACUCAAAAUACUUUCAAGUCUUACCUUGUGGAGAAACUCGCCGGGGAGUCGAAUUGGAAAGAGAUAAUUCGGAACGUCCUCCAGGACAAUCGUUUUGCGUUUACUCACUUGCCCGACAAGCUUCAAGGACUUGUCGUGGAUAGCUACCAACAUGCAUUUUUCUUUGCUUCACUUCUUUGCGUUUUGGCCGUUGUCGUAUCCUUCCCCGCCCUCUGUCUCCUACCACAGAAACCCUUGGAAUAG